GACUGCAUGUUUAGGUCAGAGCUUACGUAAACGGGUUUCAUUUCAGAGAAAGGGAAACUCAGACAGUCCUUAGACUGAGAGCUGAAAUGGCGCAGAAAGGAGUUGAGCUGGACCUGGACAAUUUUUAAUGUUCUAUCUGUCUGGAUCUACUGAAGGUUCCAGUUACUAUUCCCUGUGGACACAGCUACUGCAUGAACUGCAUUAAGGGCUUUUGGGAUGAAGAGGAUGAGAAGAAAAUCCACAGCUGCCCUCAGUGUAGGAAUACCUUCACACCCAGGCCUACUCUGGGGAAAAACACCAUGUUAGCUGUUGUACUUGAGGAGCUGAAGAAGACUGGACCCCCACCUGCUCCUGCUGAUCACUGCUAUGUUGGACCUGAAGAUGUGGCCUGUGAUUUCUGCACUGGGAAAAAACUGAGAGCCUGUAAGUCCUGUCUGGUGUGUCUGGCCUCAUACUGUGAAAAACACGUCCUGCGUCAUUAUGACGUAGCUCCAUUAAAGAAACACACACUGGUGGAGCCCUCCAAGAAGCUCCAGGAAAACAUCUGCUCUCGCCAUAAUGAGGUGAAGAAGAUGUUCUGCCGCACUGAUCAGCAGUGUAUCUGUUAUCUCUGCUCUGUGGAUGAACAUAAACACCAUGAUACACUCACAGCUGCAGCAGGUAGGAAAGAAAAGCAGAAACAGCUUGAAGGGAUUCAACAAAGAAUCCAGCAAAGAAUCCAGGACAGAGAGAAAGAUGUGAAGCUACUUCAACAGGAAAGGAAGACUAUCAACCGCUCUGCUGAUAAAGCAGUGGAGGACAGUGAGAAGAUGUUCACUGAGCUGAUCAGUCUCAUGGAGAAACUAAGCUCUGAGGUGAAGCAACAGGUCAUUUCUUAUCAGGAAAGUGAAGUGAGUCGGGUCAAAGAUCUUCAGGAGAAGCUUGAAGAGGAGAUCACUGAGCUGAAGAGAAUAGACGCUGGGCUGAAGCUGCUGUCACACACAGAGGAUCACAACGAGUUCCUACGUAACUACCCCUCACUGUCAAAAAUCAGUGCAUCUGCACACUCAUCCAGCAUCAAAGCACGUCCUCUGAGCUACUUUGAUGGUGUGACAACAGCUCUGUCAAAUAUCAGGGGUAAACUGCAAAAAGCUCUGGGUGAUAAGUGGCCUAUCAUCUCACCGACUGAAGUGGACGCUGUUCUGCCACAACAGGAGCCAAAGAUCAGAGAGGAAUUCUUAAAAUAUUCAGUUAAAAUUACACUGGAUCCAAACACAGCUAACACACAGUUGGUAUUGUCUGAGGGGGACAGAAAAGCAACACACACAGGCCAACAGCAUAAAUAUUUAGGAAGCAAAGAAAGAUUCACUCCACUUCUUCAGGUCCUAGUAGAGUACAGAGGCAGAGUUUCUGUAGCAGCUGCAUACAAGAGUAUCAGAAGAGAAGGAUACUCAAAUGAUUGUGGAUUUGGACAAAACAAUAAGUCUUGGGUAUUAGAUUGUCUACAAAACAGUUAUAUAUUUUGGACCAAUAAUCAUAUCCAAACCAUCUCAGAUCCUCCUUCCUCCAGACUCGGAGUGUACCUGAAUCACAGUGCAGGUAUUCUGUCCUUCUACAGUAUCUCUGAAACCAUGACUCUCCUCCACAGAGUCCAGACCACAUUCUCUCAGCCUCUCUAUGCUGGACUUUCAUUUAAGUAUGCUUAUGGAGACACUGCUGAGUUCUUUAAACUCAAAUAGACAAUUACAGCAAUAACAUGUACAGUAGCAUUCCUGCAUUACAACCUAAAGGUGAGUAGACCUAUCUAACAUAUUUGGUUGAGUGGUUUUCAACAUUUUUUUUUUAUCUAGAGAAAUGUGUUAUUUGAAUCAAGGUAAAGGUACAUGUUAUUUGAUCACCUGUAAUGGUAUUGUAUCCUCAUGUGUACAAAAUGUGUCUGUCUGCCAGAAAUGAACCUAUUACUUUAAUCAAACGUUUUUUAAAACUACAUUUUGGUUGUUAUUACAUUAAAAUUGAACAGAAAGUAUGAUUUUAGUCAUUGGAUUUUAAGUUAGCAGAGAAACAAGCUGAGCUAAUGUUAGCCUUUAGCUUUUAGCUUCUCCAUCCUUUGUGCAUCAGGGAAGAACUGCUUUAUUCCGUGAAAGUGCUUUAUUCAGUGUUUCAACUGGCUUGUGAAAAACCACAGAAAUGUGACUGCAAAGACACUUUCCCUUCAUCCACAUCACCCUCUUUUUAUAUUGUUUUGUUUGUGGUGGUAAAAAUGUAAUACUGUUAAUUUGGUGUGUUUUAAUUCUUACACUAUUCUGUCUCCAUGUUUGUUGCUGAGAGAUGAUUGGUGUCGCAUUUGUUCAAUGCACAGACCAGCUGCCAAUCAAACAUUUCUGGUGGUGAAAUCUUAAUAUUAGUUGUUCUAUAAAUGUUAUAUUGUUUUGGUGGACUUACAUUUCCCUGACUGAAAUGUAAACCAACCUGUGCUAUAAAUCUGUGACGCAUACUUGUGUUGAUAUAAUGUAAUUGUUAUUUCUGUUAUUGGGCCUAAUUGAGAAAGUACCUUCCUUUGUAAAGAAAAAGCUAUGCUUCUAUUUAUUUGUUAGAUAGACCAAAAUAUGUUGUUAUUGUCCAAAUCAAUGUGCAAAUGAGGUGCUAUAUGGUAAUAUAAGUCUGUUAUUAUCUUAAAGAAAGCCAAUAGGGAGUUAUUUUCUUUAACACAGCUUAGAUUCUGGUCAAACAAAACAUUUUUUAAUAAUCAUUGGACAAGAGUUAUUCAACAGACUGUACUGAUCUACAUAAUGAAUAAAUAGACAUGCACAAGGUAUAUUUUUUUUGUCUUCAUUCCAGCUGAGAAAACAAAAUCUAAAACUGUUUUUAAGAGUAUUAGAGGCACUUUUUCUCCUGAAACAAACAGAAGAGCAUUUGUCAGUCAGUCUCGGAUGUUUCAACUUAUGUCACUAAAACAGCUUUUUUAUAUAUAUAUAGUUUUCUAUCACUUUUCAAUCAACAUUUAGUUUGUACACAGACAACAAAGAUAAUUUAUUACACAGACUUUCAGAAAUUGUAAGAACGAAUCUGAUCAAGUUCAGGUUUUUGUUUCUCUGACAUAUACUCUAUAUAUACUGUGUAAUUUUUGAUUACCUGAGUUAUUUCUUAUAUUGUUACCCUGAUUUUAAAACAAAUGAAGCUUUAGAAUGUGGCUGUUGGUUCAGUGUUGAGCUCUGUCACCUCACCUCAGACUCAUUUUGUCCAGGGUGUAAUCUGUCUAUCCACAAAACCACUUGCUCUAAUGAAGAGGUUUUGAAAUGUAUCUUAUAUUGGCAACAAAUAAAAAACAUCUAAUGAUAA